UAUAUCUGCUUGGCCCUGACAGAGUGGACCAUUCUGGUACUGCCUCAGUUCCCGAAGCUGUCCAAGGACCUCGUGAUCUCCGCUUGAGAGAACGUCUGAGAGAACCUCUUCAUUUUCCUUCAUACUUCGGUAGAUUUCAAGCUUCAAGAUGAGAGGAGUGAUAAUUGGAGUGGUGGCAGUGAUUGGAUUCUUUGCUCUGGCGGAGUCUCUGACCUGUAAUCAGUGCACUGUGGGACUGAUAGGAAUUUGUCUGAAACCCUCAACCACCGUCUGCACCACCAACACGUCCAACUGCUACACAGGAAAAGCCACUUUCCCUUCAAUCUCCGGUUUCCUCGGUUUCAACACUCAAGGAUGCCUGGAGUCGUACCAGUGUGGCAUCACCGUCAACGGCACCAUCCUGGGUGCCUCUUACGUCGUCACUCAAACCUGCUGCAGCACAGACAAAUGUAACCCCGUCCAGACCAGUGGCGCCCCCUACAUGCAGCUGUCCCUGCCUGUGGCUCUCGGCACCACCCUGCUUGCCCUCAUCUCGGGCAAUUUCAUUUACUAAUCACCUCUUACUUAAAUCCACAUGCACAAAUGAUGAUUUAUAGAUGAAUUCAGUGCAAUUUCUAAAACAAACUGCUAUUCUAUGAAGGAUAUUUCAAACGUAGAUUAAGAGAACACAUGUGGGCCCACACUUCCGUUCCUCACUAAUACUUUAUCUUAAACCCUAUUGGAGCUGGAUUAGUAUCACCACAGCAGUUUCAGCAAUGCAGUUUUGCGUGAUUUGACUGGUUGACUCGUUACGGGGUAAAGGAUCUGUGUAAUUUCCCCACAUUACACCAAAUAGCCUAGAUGGAAACAUCAUUGCACAAAGGUUUAUGUCAGGAUUAUGUGAAAUGCAAUAGAACAGUAACAACACGUGCGGCUAAAUGGCAAAUAUGGUGCCAAAAAAUAAGAACGAAACAAAACAGGACACUGGGUGAGGGAGGAGACCUACAUUUCAUUGCAGUGUGGAGUGACGCCAAUUAUCAGUGGCAAUUUGAAAUGAUGGUGCAUUUUCAUAGCAUAUGGGAGGAAAUAUACAUCAAAUUGAGUCACAAACGUUCAGCCAAGUAUAGAAGCUAGUUCACUCUGGAAUUAUUACUUAGUAGACGUGUAAAAACUAUGGACAUGUUGGUAAUUACACUCAAAUUACAGCACCUCCUAAAAUAAACCUGAUCCAGCUCCAAUAGGGCUGUAGUUUCAUAGUAGUUUCUGAAUAAUUUCAU